AUGUUUGAACGUUGGUGCCGAUCUGUCGGAGUGGACUUGUUCGAUCUGCUUCUGGCAUCCAUUCGGCAUCCGUGGUACUCGUUACUUUCCAAGUACGGUGCGACUCUGCUUUACUGCUCCUUGCAUGAACAAGCAUUGGUGCUGCACACCUUCUGCACUGCAAAGUACAGAGAUGCGAGACGCAUUUCUGGCUCACUGCCGGAAAGCAACUGUGCAAGCUGGGCCAACGGAGCUCUGCAGAAUGAGGUCACGAACAAUUUUGCAGAGAUCAAAUCUACCGUGUUUAAGCGCUAUGAAGAGAAAAGCCUUUUUCCAAUAAUUGCCAGUGAUAUCGUGGAACGCUUCUAUGUGAUGCUGGACAUCAUAUUUGUGAUAGCCAGAUUGUUGUUGCUACUUGUUGUGCUCGAGAUCGGUACCGACUGGAUCAAGUUCUGCUUGAUCACGAAGUUCAGCGAGAUGCAGGCCAAGACCUUCGAGGUGUACUGGGAAGUGCUGCUGGCGGAUAUCUUGCUCUGCCGAUGCGGCAACCUGCGCAACAGCCAGGUCGUUGGAAGUGGGGAAGAUCUGCUACUCAAGGACGAGAGCGACACCGGCCUGGAAGAGACAGGCAUCUUCCUUGUGGGCUUCGCUGCGCGACGGCGCAGCCGAAUUCCGCGAGGGAGGGGAUGGCUGAUCCUCUUGCUGCGUGCUGCCUUGCUUCACGAGCACCGCUGUGUUGCCUUGCUGCAUCGUUGCCUCUGUCUCUCCUCCUCCUAUCGGCUCGUAGCAAGCAGCGACCUUCUUGCCUUCGGCCCUUAUUUGGGCUUCGACAUCGUCACUUCCCCAGUUCAGCUGGCAUCAACAAGGGAAGCUUCACUUUUCUUUUGUCAUCAUGGACUCCAUGUUUGCGUUGACACUAAGUGCCCCUCUCUCUUCACUCUCGCCGCGCUCCCCAGUCGUGCGGACUCAGCAGGAACGGCGGAACCGGCGGAAGCGGAUCGAAUGGCGGCGGCGGUAAUGUGUCCCGGCACGGUGUGGUCUGAAAUGAGAUCGAUCCCAAGACAGGAGCGGCAGUUUCUACUGCAGCUACAGGCCCUGCUCAAGCAGUUGGACCCAUCAGCGCGGCGCCGGGUCAUCACAGAGCGGCUCACCCAGGCACAGCGUCUGGCGCUGGAACGCUACAUGCUGACGGCGCAGAAAUGCCGUGCUACCAGGCUGGCUUGCAAUGCUCGGAAGAAGGUGCUCAAAGCGUCCAAUCGGGGACGCGCGCGCAAGCUCCGCUUUGCAAGGCGAGCCUUCAAUGAGGACAAUCCAAGAGAUGCCGCCGGUGAAAGUUCGCAUCCACAGCUCCCUCCGAAUGGCCGGAAAGCGUGUGUCCAUCUGGGCCGGGGGUUCUAUGCGCACUGCAAGCUCGACGCAUCUGCACAGGAGAUUUCCUUCGGCUCUUUGGACGUGGCUGAUGCUGAUGCUGAUGCUGGUGCUGGCGGCGUUCAUCGCGUCUCAGGUCUCAAGCUGACGCUCGAGAGCCGCGUGGCCACCUUGGGGCCAGGCGGGCAGAUCGCCUUGCAGCUACUGCUUGGCCAGCUGGCUUUGAAGAGUGGCAAGGUUCAACGGCACGAAGCCCUGGACGUUUGCCGCCUCGGCGAAGACCUCUUGGCUGAGGAGGCUUCGAAGGAGCCAUCGGAGUACUUCCUGGCAGCUGCCAAGGAACUGAACGAGCGAAGGCCUCAGGUGGUGGUGCUGGAACUCGAUGGUUGCCCCUCAUGGGAGAAGGCUUCGACACAGCUCCUCGAGGCUCUGCGUGGAUUCCAUGGUGCUGUGGUCAUUGCGACAGAAGAGGAGACGGACUUGGUGAAGUCGAUAUGUCCUAUCUGCUGGCGCGAUUCAGCGGGCUGGCUUUGGCAGGCAUUUGUGGGUUAA